UAUGCAGCGACUGUGGUGAGAACACUGAUGACCAAUGUGGUCAAGAUGCUGUCUUAAAAUACAGUGAAAAUCUAACAAAAAAAUGCUAUUUAUCACUAAUGCGGAAUCAUACGGUUCUCGAUGAGAAAACACGUUGUGCACAUUUGCAGCAAAAUGUUAUUUUUCCUUGAUAUGGGGAAUGAUGAUGACGAUGACGAUGACCCCGGACGUUAGAUAGUUUAUAUUAUUCAUGCAAUUAGGUUUUUGAAAACAAGAUAUACACAUAUGCAGCAGAAUGUUAUUUUCCAUUGAUAUGGAGAAUGACGACGAUGACCUCUGACCUUAGAUAUCAUGCAAUUAUAGAAUCAUACGAUUUUGUUUGAUGGAAAACUAUCUUACAUUUCUGAAACAAAAAAAACGGUCAGUUGGCAAUUGAUAUGAAUGUUUUUUUUCCUCAAAGAUCUGUAUAAAUUGCUAGUGUGUGUAAGUAGUUAGUAUCAGAGUUACAAGUGGUGAUCAAGACGUAUAAUGGCGACGACACCAACAACAAUCAUCGUCUUCACGCAAGAUCCUGUGAAUUUACCAAUUAAUGACCUGUUAUUGGUCAUGAAGAAAUUGUUUCAAUACGGCGCCAGGGAGAUCAAAGCGAGCGGUGACAAAAUCUUCCUAAAAUUACCUUACUCGCCAAAAGCAGCAACAUUAAAACAAAAAUUCGGCUUGCUGCUCAUCAAAUAUUUCAGGACCAAAUUGGAUAAGAACGUGGAAUUCCAGGUAUUGGAAAGAAUCGUCUCAAAAUAUCGGUUCAAUUUAUUGGACGAACAGUUGGAGGACAUUAAUCGACAGUCUAUACAAGAUCGACCUGGAACGAGUGGUCUUGGUGGUAGUGGUGGUGACGGUAAGAAGAGAAAGUUGUAUCUGGAACCACCUGUGCUACAACAUGUGGCAGAUGAGCAGGAGGAGGAGGAGGACGAGGAAGAGGAGAAGAAGCCUACGACGCAAAAGGCUAGGAAACCACCAGCAGCAUCCACUACAACAGUAACAGGCGGCAAUGACAACGAUGAUGAUGACACAUUGUUAUUGUCACAAAAGAUAUUUUAAAAUAAAGUAAUUUCUGCACAAGUAA